AUGUUCCUGGAACUCGGAAGUCCACAACUGACACACGAGCUAUUGGUUACCCUUAUGGCUGAAAUUACUGGAAUAAUCAACUCACGUCCUAUCGUUGUCGUACCAUCCGAUAUCGAUCAACCCCAGCCACUUACACCUAAUAUGCUGUUAACUAUGAAGACCCGACCACUUCUACCUCCACCGGGCGUGUUCACACCGGAAGAUGUCUAUUUGCGAUAUGCAAAAAUUGCCAUUUCAAGAGACGGAGAGAAAAAGGUCUAUUAUAGACCAAUUAAUGAAUUUGUUCCUAUAAUACAUGCCUAA